AUGAAGAUCCCGACUGGCCUCCUGGAACUCACAGCGCUCGUGCUCCCGUGCGCGGCCCAAGCCGCAGCCGACAUCGACAUCGACAUCGACAUCGCGCCCCGCACGACCGCGCAAGACAUCGCGACGCUCACCGCGCGCAGACUCGACAACAUCGUCGGCGAGCUCACCGACGGGGCCUCCGUGUCGACCUGGCUGAGCACGUUGAACGCGAGCGGGCAGUGGGCGGACGUGGACUACACGACCGGGUGCCCCGCACAGCGCGCGAACUGGCCCGCCGAAAUCCACUGGAACCGGAUAUCUACGAUGGCCGGCGCGUGGCACGGCGGCGUGCCCGGGGCGGCGGCGUCGCUCGCGGGGAGCGCGGCCCUGCGCGCGGGCGUGCGCAGCGCGAUGGACUUUUGGUUCGCCAACGACUUUACGGUGCCUGCGUGUCUGGACUCGGGCGGGGGCACGGCGUGUCCGUGCGGGACGCCGGGGUUCUGGAACACGAACUGGUUCCCGAACAUCAUCGGCACGCCCGAGCUCGUGUCGCAGACGUGCCUGCUGCUGAACAGCACGCUCUCCGCGGCGGAGCUGGGCAGCUGCAAGACGAUCACCGCGCGCGCGUACCGGACAUUCACGGUGCCUGCCAAUCAGGUCGGCGUGCUGACCGGAGCGAACCUGCUCGAUGUCGCCAAGAUCGGGAUCGACCUGGCGCUGCUGACGGCGAACACGACGCUGCUCACGGACGCGUACAGCCGCGUGCACGCAGAGCUGAGUAUCAAGAACGCGACCCGGAGCGAUGGGAUCCGGCCUGACGGAGGGUUUGGUCAGCAUUCGGGGAUUCUGUACAACGGCAACUACGGCAAGGACUACACGAACGAUCUGGUCGACCUCGAGGUGGAAGCGGGCGGGACGCAGUUCGAGGCCAGUUCCACGUCCAAGGCUGCAUUGGGGACGCUCUUUACCGGUGAUCGGUGGAUGAUCUACCGGAACGUGUUGACCGGGGUGCUACACUGGGAUUUCUCGGUUCUCGGCCGGUUCAUCGCGUUCCCCACCGCGGAUGUCCUGCAAGCGACGAGCAGCAUCCUGCUCAACCUGACCAAGAUCGAGCAGCUCGGCGCCGAGUGGGGCUCCGCCGCGCUGACGGACUUCUCCUCGUCGCUGUCGCAGGGCUCGAGCAGCGCGAACGCGGGGAGCCUCGUCGGCAACCGGAUGUUCUUCGACAACGACUACAUGGUGCAUCGCGGCGCGGGGUACGUGAGCACGCUCAAGAUGUACUCGUCGCGCACGCGGAACACGGAGUGCACGAACCUCGCGAAUCCGCUCGGGUUCCACCUGUCCGACGGCGCGCUGCGGACGUAUAUCGAGGGCAACGAGUACGAGGAUAUCGCGGCGUCGAUGGACUGGGAGCUCAUCCCGGGGAUCACGGUCGACUACGGCGCGACGCCGCUGAACUGCGGCCAGACCGGCGCCGCGGGCAUCGAGGGCUUCGUCGGCGGCGCGUCGGACGGCACGAAAGGCGCCGCCGCGAUGCGCUACACGAACCCGCUCACGCGCACCCUGCACUGGCAGAAGGCGUGGUUCUUCCUCCCCGGCGACGUGCAGGUCGUCGUAGUGUCGAAUAUCAGCUCCGCGACGGGCGCGCCCGUGCGCUCCGUGCUCGACCAGCGGCUGCACGCGGGGCAGGUCGUCCUCAACGGGUCCACGGCCGUCUCGAACGCGACCGGCGUGCGCGCCGCAUCGCUGUGGCACGGCAACGUCGGGUACGUCUUCGGCAGCGGCGGCGGCGCAUCGGUGUCGGUCCAGGUCGGCCAGAAAACGGGCGACUGGGCCGCGAUCGGGACGUCCCCGCAGCCCCCGACGACAGUCGACCUCUUCGCCGCGUGGGUGAACCACGACACGUCCUCGUCCUCGUCCGUCGCGUAUACGGUCUACCCCGCGCUCGAUCUGCCCACGUUCCGCACGAGACUGGGCCAGGCGCAGCCCGUGGUGGUGCGGAACGACAACACGGCCGCGGCGGUGCUCGCGGGCUCCGUCGCGAUGGCGGUGUUCUGGGCGCCCGGGUCGGUGGCGUUCACGGCCGGGUCGCCCGCCGGCUUCGUGCUCGCGGCGAACGGCACCGCGGCGGUGGUGUUUGACCACGCGAGCCGGCAGAUGACCGUGUCGGACCCGACGCAGACGCUGGCUGUGCUCGCAGUCACGGUCACUGAUGCGGGCGCGGCAGCGAAGACUGUCACGUUUACGUUGCCGAGUGGGGGGCUCGCGGGCAGCAGCGUGACGAAAGCUGUGUAA